UCCGCCACGCCGCCCCGGAGCAGCACAGAGCAUCCCUAAGGCACCGCUCAUUUCAGACUUUUUGUGGGCUUUGUGUGGGCUGUUGCGGGCGCUUGCCUUGCCGCCCACCUGACGUUCACUGCUCUUACCUAACGACUUUAAGGCUUCUUCGGACGUUCACCUUGGCCAUCCGUCAAUCUGGCAUUCUUCGCCUCACCUCUUCUUUACCAAAACAUCCCAACUGUGCGCACAGUGACCGAUCGAACCGGCCGCAGCUAUUCGGUCACUGAGACGCCUAGCCGCUCGUUUCGGGAUCAACCCUCGCGUCGCCGCACCGUCGUCGGAGUUUCCAACGAACUCAGCCAGGACUCCCGCGGCCAGCGGCCUCCCGAGAACAUCUACAGAGGCACAUCGCUGCAGACUGCGCCCAUCUACAGAAAAGGAGGAAGUAUGUCGAAAGUCGUGAGGAGUGUGAAAAAUGUCACAAAGGGAUAUAGCAGCGUUCAGGUCAAGGUGCGAAAUGCUACCUCCAACGAUCCGUGGGGCCCGACGGGCACGGACAUGGCUGAGAUCGCUGCCCUCACGUUCAACAAGUAAGAUCCGACUGAUGAGGGGGUUGCUGCCUGUGCUGACGCCGCCCGUACAGCCCAAGUGACUUUUACGAGAUCAUGGAUAUGCUCGAUAAGCGGUUGAACGACAAGGGCAAGAAUUGGCGACACGUGCUGAAGUCGCUGAAAGUCCUCGACUAUUGUCUGCACGAGGGCUCCGAAUUGGUGGUCACCUGGGCCAGAAAGAACAUUUACAUCAUCAAGACAUUGCGAGAGUUCCAAUACAUUGACGAAGAUGGCAGAGACGUCGGGCAGAAUGUCCGUACAUCUGCCAAGGAAUUGACUUCGCUCAUUCUGGACGAGGAGCGUCUUCGCAGCGAGCGCUCCGAUCGGAAGCUGUGGAAAACCCGUGUCACAGGGAUCGACGAAUAUGCGCCCCAGGCUAUUGCUGGUCCUACGUAUCCACAACGAAGGCACACAGACCGACACGCCGACACCCGCGAAGAUCAGGAAGAGCGGGAUAUCCGGGAGGCGACGAGACUCAGCAAACUUGAGGAGGAGGAAAGGGCUCGGAGAGAGAACCAGGACAAGAGUGCCGAUGAUAAUGAUCCAGCAUUAAUGAGAGCCAUCCAGCUCAGUAAGGAAGAGGCAGAUCAGCGCGCCCGGCAGUUGGAGGAUCAAAACGCUACUUCGCUUUUUGACGAUACUCCUGCGCCUCCGCCGGCGCAAAGUCAACCAACCGGAUACAAUCAGGGCUACCAGCAACAGCCCGCUGUGGAUUGGUUUGGCAAUCCACUUCAACAGCAACCACAGAGCACCGGGUUCUUGAACAAUCAGUAUUCCCAACCGCAACAGACCGGCUACCAAGCCGGAUUCCCUAACGGCUUUCAACCUACGCAACCGACAGGAUACGAUCAAUUUGGCCAACAGCCAUUCCUGCAGCAGCAGAACACCAUUCAACCCCAGCAGACUGCCUUUCAGACCAACAAUCCGUAUGGUGUGCAGCCUUCCGGUGACCUGUUCGGAGCACAGCCAUCUCAACAAAAUAACCUGCAGCCUGGAACCAAUAAUCCCUGGGCCUCUCCAUCGCCCCAAGUCCCUAAUGCUCUACAACCGUUGCCUACCGGAUCCAACAAUCCCUUCGCACAAAAACCGCCGCAGUCAUCCCCUUCGCCCUUCGCUCGGCCAAGCACUCAACCUUCGUUGGGCACUCUGUUCGAGUCGCAGCCAACUACGCAAUUUACACAGCCCCUCCAACCCAACCCGAUCACGAAUUUCUCGGCGCCGCAACCGGCCUUUCAGCAACAGCAGAAGCCAGUCAAUCCUCAGCAUGCCAAACUCAAUGCCUUGCUGGCUUCGGGAGAAGGACAGGAUACAUUUGGAAACACGGGCGAUUUGCGUAUUCCUGCCCAGCACACUGCGCCAGGGACCUUUGUCAACUCGGCUGGGCAAGGUCUCGAUCGCCUCCGUGCUGCUCAGACCGGCACCAAUCCAUUCUUUUCGGCGCAAGCUACAGGGUUCGGCCAGGGACAAGGCGGAUAUGGCCAACAAAUGCCGGCUCAAACUGGACCAGUAGGUGGCUUUGCGGGCGGAUAUGGCCAGCAGAACGGUAACCCAUUUGGAGCCCGACCGGUGGGGCAACAGGGCGGAAGCCUGAUUGACUUGUAGACCUGGGGAAGUACGAUUGUGUUGACAUUUUGGGAGGGAUCCCUGGCUAAGAGACGGAAUUCUUUUGCACACCGGACUAUCAUGCUACGAGAUUGGCCUCUGGUAAACUAUCGUUUAUACAUACGAUGUAUUGCUUGACAGGAGUUUAUUCUUAGGGCUCGAGGAUUACAUGGCAAUCACGAUCGUAUAAUUAUCCGACGAACCCGAAUUCGGGAUGCUCAGCAUUCUCAAUUUCGCGGUGCAGGUUGUCGCAAGGCUGAAAGCAGAUCGUGGUGUCUUGGAUGAAGGUAUCCGGAGUGCCAAAGCGCUCAGUGCCUACGAACUGCGAGCUCUAAGCGAAUUAUUUUUAGCUGGACUUCAGGUUAUUGUCGCUUGCCCCGUCAGAUACUCGUGGACUGUCGCGUAUGAGGCGCACACGCAUGAAUUAGAGGAAGCCGGAAGGGGUAAAGCCCCUC